GAUUUAUACAAAUAUCGCACGACCAAGAUGACGUCGGAUAAGCAAACGAGCUCGUCCUCCUGGCUGUUACGAUCAUGCAAAAGAAGCCGGUUUAAAAUAGAAUUGUUAUACUUCAUAUUGGGAUAUUUGUUGACGUAUUGCUCGGCUAGAAACAAUCCUCCCAGAUUUCUCAUAGACGGACAAACGGAAAUUGUCCUCAGAUUGAAGGAGGGGCCUGAGACACCGAUUGGUAGUCUAAUUUACAAGCUCAGGGGCACUGACCCAGAUAACGAUAUACUGACUUUUGGAGUUCGAGAUCAACCUGGAAGUGAUGUGAUUCGUGUCGAAAAUUUCGGUUUCAGCGAAGCUAGCAUUUAUUUAAAUAAGCUGCUGGACAGAGAGGCAAGAGAUGAAUACGCACUCGUGUUAACACUGACGGAUGGAAGACUGGGGGAGGGAAACUUCAUCACGCAAAGUCUGCUGCUUCUGGUCGAGGACAUUAAUGACAAUGUCCCGAUAUUCCGUCCACAUCCUACCUCGUUAACACUCCGGGAGGAUUCACGCCCGGGUGUUUUAACAACGGUGGAAGCUACCGACGCCGACUUGGGUGCUCAUGGUCAAGUGGUGUAUUACCUUCAGGAAUUGGACGGCGAUAACAACGUUUUCAGCAUAUCGACCGCCAAUGGCAAGGGCGUUAUACGCUUAGUGGGCUCUUUGGAUUACGAACGGAAGUAUCUGUAUCAACUGCGGAUCUUGGCUGUAGAUCGUGCAAUAAAUGAAAAGGUAAAUACGGGAACAACGGCAAUUUUGAUCAAAGUACAGGAUGUGGAGGACCAACCGCCGGAAUUCACAGCCAUGACGCCUGUCGCAAGGAUCAGCGAAAAUGUCAGAAUCGGCACGUCUGUUUUGCAAGUUCGUGCUGUGGAUGGUGAUAAGGGGAUAAACAACAAAGUGACUUAUAGUAUUACGAAGGGACCGAGAUAUCUGUUCGAUAUUGACGCGACUUCCGGCCUCGUAUUCACGAGAGCGCAAUUGGAUAGAGAGGCUGAGGAGAAUAGCGAUGGCACUUUCAUCCUCGAGAUUACAGUUAAGGAAGUAUCGAAGAUUAAUCCGCCGCCGUCUGUCAGUACCGAGGUGACCAUCAUUCUUACCGACGUAAAUGAUGAAACGCCGACAUUUCGAAGCGCGCUGUACCAUGCCGAAAUAAAUGAGAAUGCGCCGGAAAAUACACCAGUCAACUUUAUUGGCGACGCCGUGCCAGAAGUCUUUGAUCACGACUUGGGCUCCAAUGGCACGUUUCGAAUAUUCAUCGAAGGCGACGGUGGGAUAUUUGACGUGACACCGUUUCGCGGGAUUAACGAGGCGCCGUUUUUAAUACGCGUUAAGGAUUCGAGCAAACUGGAUUUUGAAAAAAUAUCCGUGGUGAACUUCACUCUCGUCGCGAAAGAAAUCACGCCGGUUUCGCCCAAGUAUAGCGCGGUGCCGGUCACGGUGUUCGUAAAGGAUCAAAAUGACAAUUAUCCCGAAUUCACGAAAGGUGUCUACGAGGUGUCGGUACCAGAGAACUGCGACGAGGGAACGACCGUGGCUUGGGUACAGGCACUGGACGGAGACAGCGGUAACUUUGGAACGCGUGGAAUACGAUACACAACUUCAGGCGGUAGCAUCGCACAUGCAUUGACGAUGGACCCUCUCACCGGCGUGAUAACGGUCAAGCAUCCUGGGCCCAGUUUCGAUCGAGAAUUAGCGGCUCGGCAUUAUCUCACCGUCGAGGCGCGAGACAAUCUUGGAAAAGGGAAUCACAACGCCGCGCAACUAAUAGUUAAUAUCGACGACGUUAACGACAACGCUCCUAUAUUCCUGCAAAAUAAAUACGAGGCGGUGCUGUUGGAGAACGAGGAUCACUUUGAGUCGCCUCUGAUCGUCGAGGCGUCCGACAACGAUUUGAACGGGACGCGAAACAGCGAGAUAGUCUAUGCCCUGGUGUCAAGCGAGUUCUCCCGAAAUUUUACCAUCGAUCCGAAACGUGGGGUUGUCACACCCGCCCGUCCCCUGGAUUACGAGGCUCUGCCUAUCAAUCAGGGACACAAAGAAACGAUUAUACGUCAAUUAAGAUUGACAGUGAGAGCCAGAGAUCUGGGUAUACCGAGUCUGUCUUCUGACGUUCCUCUCAUCAUUUACCUGAGAGACGUUAACGAUAAUGCCCCCGCUUUCGAAAGGGCUUUGUACAAGAGAAACAUUCCCGAAGAUUUGCCAGGGGGCACAAGCGUCGUGCAGGUGAAGGCUUGGGACAAAGACUUGGCGUCGCCGAAUAACAAGUUAGUUUAUCGAAUUCAGAGCGGAGCCGGGGACAAGUUUGUAAUUAGCCCCGAGACAGGCGUGAUCCGAGUUGCGCCGGGCUCGAACUUGGACCCGGAUCUCACGUCGCCGAAAACCACGAGGUACAACUUAAACGUUAUCGCCAUCGACAGCGGCACGGAAAUUCAACGGACGGCCGAGGUACUCGUGAAUAUCACGAUCCUAGACGUGAAUAAUAAACCGCCCGUUUUCAUCGAUCCCGGGACUGUCACUAUAAGAGAAAACACUCAGGUCGGUGCCUACGUUCAUCGCAUAGUGGCGCAGGAUCCGGACGUAGCCCCGAUUCUACGUUAUCGCGUGGAUCCCAAUUCAUCGGAGGCACGAAACGAGGAGGGCACUUUGAUCAAGGUGCAAGAAUACGACUAUCUAGCAGCGCUGGAGUUAAAUGCGCUGGACGGCUUGCUACGCAUAAUAAAACUAUUAGAUAGGGAGCGAGUGGAAACCAUCAGACUGGGACUUAUAGUCGAGGACUUGGCCGCAAUAAGAGGCUUACAAACGGCAUCCGCCACGCUGAGUAUAAUUAUCGAGGACGAGAACGACAAUAAUCCAAAGUUUCGGAGGCCAUUUUACAGACGUUCCGUCACUGAAAACAGUAAAAAUGGUGUCAAUAUCGUUAGCAUUGUUGCCGACGACGCCGAUAAAAAUCGUAGCAUUACGUAUUCCUUACAAGGCCCGAGAGAGAUCACUGAUCUCGUGCAUUUAGAUCAUGAGACCGGAGAGAUGGUCGUCGCCAACAAAAUCGACAGAGAAAUGUACUCGUGGCUGAAUUUAACUGUUAAAGCCACGGACUCUGGUAUUCCACCCCGAUCAAGUUUUUCGGAAUUGUAUGUCCAAGUGUUGGAUGAAAACGACAAUAAUCCGUAUUUCCUGUCGAACGUCAGUAACGUAACUGUUAUGGAGAAUUCAAAAAUUGGCACGGAAAUCACUGUAAUACAGGCGGCAGAUUCUGACAGCGGGGACUACGGAAAAAUCACUUAUCUCUUGGACAGAAUGUCAUCUCAGGGGACUUUUGCUAUUCACCCAGAAACGGGAUCGUUAACAGUGGCAGACGUCCUGGACUGGGAGACUAGACAUAAUUAUGUUCUGGUCAUAGAAGCGUGGGACAAUUAUCAGUUUGGUUAUACGGCGGGGGAGUCUCGAAACGCGUUUAAGCAAAUCCAGGUUACAGUCAUCGAUGUGAAUGACAAUGCUCCGAAAAUGGAUAUACCUCAAGACUGCGUCUCGAUAUCUGAAUUUCAUGACGUACGGGACUUGAUUUAUAUUAUAAAAGUGAAGGACGCUGACGACCCGACAACACCGAAUGGACGCGUUAUAAUCAGGAUCACUUCGGGCAACGAGUUAGGUUUAUUUAUAUUGGAACAAACUGAUUACUGGACGGCAAAGAUAAAAGCUGCGCAGCCAUUGAGAGGAAAAUUUGGGAAUUACACGUUAAACGUCGAAGCACGCGAUCUGGGAACGCCAUCCAAUAAGGAUAAUGGAAUUUUGAAAAUUUGCGUCACGGAUUACAACGAUAAUCCCCCUUUGUUCGUCAGUCCCCAGCACAACACCACCAUCCGCGUUCCAGAGAACAUAACAGUAGGAAGCCCGAUUAUUCAAAUUGAGGCGAGAGAUGCCGAUACGGGAUUAAACGGCGAUGUGCAUUAUCGCUUGAAGCAGGAUCUCGCGGGCCACUGGAAGACCUUCCGCAUCGACGAGAAAACCGGCGAGAUAUCUUUAAAGUCGCCGCUCGAUAGAGAGACUCAAAAGUUGUACGAGAUACGCAUCGAAGCAUACGAUUUGGGUACCCCGACGCCUCUAAGUUCAGACCUCGAUCUAAUUAUUUAUGUGCGCAACAUCAACGAUUUCGAGCCACAGUUUUCAGUGAACGCUUUUAACGUUAACUUCACGGAGGAGCAGCCACCGGGAUCGGAGACGGUGUUGCUUCCGGAAACGUUUGACAAUGACGACGUUGACGAGCUGGAAGAUCCUCCCACUCAAGUGUGUUACUUUAUAGUUGGCGGAAACGACGACGGACUAUUCGUUUUAGACAUUUACAAGCAUGAACUUGGCACCGCUAAAUUGCUGGACAGAGAACAGCAACAGGAACAUAAAUUGCUUAUUAAAGCAACGGAGGAUUGCAAGACCGUGCCGGGAAACGAAACGACAUUCGACAAGACUGACGCCACUUUACUACAAGUCGUCGUAAGGGUUGACGACGUUAACGAUAACGCACCGCAAUUUAUUAAAGACGUUUUCACGGGUGGCGUUACCACCGAAGCCGACUUUGGCACGCAAUUUAUGCAAGUGAAGGCAGUUGAUGUGGACGCUGGCGACAAUGCUGUACUCGGUUAUUAUCAAGUGGGCAAAAUUCACAUGACGUUAACCGAGGGCUUCGAAGAUAUGCACCUGCAGCCUUUUCUGGUAAAUAAGGAUGACGGGGCAGUGAGUCUGAAUUUCGAUCCUCAACGAGGGAUGAAGGGCUACUUUGAUUUCAUGAUACUCGUUAACGAUACGCAUGGCUUGCAAGACACUGCGAGGAUUUUUAUCUAUCUACUGCGGGAGGAUCAGCGGGUUCGUUUUGUUCUCCGUCAACAUCCGCCAGAAGUCAGAAGUCGAAUAGAGACUUUUCGAGAAGUCUUGGGUAACGUCACUAGCGCAAUAAUUAACGUUGACGAGUAUAAGGUUCACGAAAAUCAAGACGGUUCUGUAGAUAGAACGAAAACAGAUUUAUAUUUGCACCUCGUGAAUCGCCGGGACAAUUCGAUCCUCGAAGUAUCCGAGGUCCUCGAGUUGGUCGACAGGAACAUCGAGAAACUCGACAAUCUAUUCAAGGAGUUCAACGUCCUCGAUACGCAGCCAGCGAAGCCUGAACCGAUUGUACAGUACGAACAAGCUGGGACGACUUUCUGGCUUCUCACGUUGACCCUAUUUCUCGGAGCUCUACUGAUUCUGUGUGUCGCUUUAUGUUUGUCCCAAAGAGCGUCUUUUCGAAGGCAACUGAAAGCGGCGAACGCAUCGCCGUUCGGUGCGUCGGACUCGGAAUUUAUCAGAAGUCCUGGCCGCGUCCCGAACACGAACAAACACAGCGUCGAAGGGUCGAAUCCCAUAUGGAUGCACGCUUACGAAAACGAAUGGUUCAAGAGCGACGAGUCGUACAGCCAUACGUCCGAAAGGGAUUCACUCGACGAGAACGCGCUUAAUAACGAAGAGAUGAUGAACGAAGCUAAUACAAACCAAAGAGCUGAGGAUAAACCAUAUUACAUAGAGCCAAGAAUUUCAACUAUCUCUAGUGUGGAGAGUAUCGACAUUGAAAAUAAUUUUAACAGAAAUUCACCGAUUUACUCAGGACAAAAUGCGAUCGUCAAUCCCCUAGGAAAAAAGAUCGAAACAACGGAAUUAUAGCAAAUCAAUAAGUAUUGAGGUCACGCGUGAUUCACGCUACCUAUGCCACUGAAUGUUCUUUAGAUGCAGAAAUAAAACCCGGGAUUAUUUUGUAAAUAAUACGUUGCGUAAACGAACUAGAAAAUAGAAUACCUCCUCAUCGACUGUUGUAACUUUAUAGAAGAUGCAAGAUUCCUGCAAAUUAUUUAUUGUAACAAAUUUAGCAUGAAAAAAAGUACUUAACUCACAAUUGAUAUAUAUUUCUAUGAACGAAAUGUGUGACAAGAGAGAUAUCUUAGCGUAACGAAUGCCGAGUUGUUUUUUAACAAUUUAAUUUUUAUCUUAAUAUCAGUCAACGUCGACUGCUUGCACAACGACUCAUUGUACAACAAAUUUUUG